CUCGCGGCUGGACCGGGAGGAGCUGUGCGGGAAGAGCGCGCCGUGCUUGCUGCGGCUGGAGGUGCUGGUGGAGCGUCCGCUGCGCGUCUUCCACGUGGAGCUGGAGGUCACGGACAUCAACGACAAUGCCCCCAUCUUCCCCGCCGCCCGAAAAAACAUCAGCAUCGCAGAAUCCUCGCUAGUGGGUUCCCGUGUCCCUCUGGAGGGCGCGUCUGAUGCGGAUAUCGGAGCGAAUGCUCAGCUCUCCUACACACUCAGCCCGAGCGAACAUUUCAAAGUACAGGAAGAAAACAGUAACUUGCGUACUAAAUCCUUGUUUCUGGUACUUACAAAGCCGCUGGACCGGGAGACGAUGGCCGUUCACCGGUUGUUGCUGACGGCGAGUGACGGGGGCCGGCCGUCUCUGACAGGCACUGUGGAGCUGGUGAUCUCGGUGCUGGAUGCGAAUGACAACGCGCCCCAGUUUAACCAGUCAGUGUAUAACGUACAUCUACCCGAGGACGCCAUAGAAGGGAUUCUGGUGACGCGGGUGAAAGCCACAGAUGCGGACGAUGGAAGUAAUAGCGAUGUAAAAUAUGAAAUCGAUACUGUAGUUCCUCCCCCUGCCGAAGAUGUUUUCAGCGUCGAUGCAAAUAGUGGCGAGAUCAGACUGAUGGGAGCCCUGGACUUUGAAGCAGUUACUUUAUACGAACUAAAUGUUAAGGCGACAGAUCAGGGGACGCCCCCACUGUCGGGUCACUGCAAGCUGGUGGUGGAGGUGGUGGACGUGAACGACAACGCUCCGGAGGUGUUGGUGACGUCGCUGUCGGUGCCGGUGCCCGAGGACGCGUCGCUGGGGACGGUGGUGGCUGUGCUGAGCGUGUCGGACCGGGACUCGGGGGCGAACGGUCGUGUGCGGUGCUGGGUGUGGCCAUCGGGUCCGUUCGGUCUGGAGGCGACGUUCGCGGGGUCGUACUCGCUGGUGCUGCGGGAGGCGCUGGACCGGGAGCGGGUGUCGGAGUACGAGGUGGAGGUGCGUGCGGAGGACGGCGGGUCGCCGUCGCUGCGCGGCAGGCUCGGGGUGCGGGUGCCGGUGUCGGACGUGAACGACAACGCGCCGGCGUUCGCGCAGGCGGUGUACACGGUGCUGGCGCGGGAG